AUGAAAGUCGCAAUCCUCGGGGCAACUGGUCAGACUGGCUCCAUCAUAGUCAAAGGUCUCCUUGCAUCAACCAAUCCGAAAUAUGAAGUGACGGCUUUGACGAGACCAUCGUCGCUCCAGAAGCCGGGAGUCAUUAGUUUGGCGAACGAUGGCGUCAAGAUUGUGGCGGCAGAUCUUGCAGGUGAUGAGGAAGCUCUGGUGAAAGUGUUAGCAGGAAUCGACGUAGUAAUCUCGACCAUCUACGGUGGCGGUGUGAUGGCCGAGAAAGCUUUGAUUAAUGCAUCCAAAGCUGCAGGAGUUAGGCGAUACUUGCCAUGUUUCUUCGCAACUAUCGCCCCUCCGAAAGGUGCCUUGCUAUUAAGGGAGAUGAAAGAGGACGUACUCAAUCACAUCAAGAAGAUCAAGUUGCCAUACACUGUCAUCGAUGUAGGCUGGUGGUAUCAAGUUAACUUGCCUCGUCUCCCCUCCGGCCGCAUCGAUUACGCCGUUAUGGAGACCUCAGAUGGCAUUGCUGGAGAUGGCAAUGUGCCGACUGCAUUGACAGAUCUACGAGAUGUUGCGACAUAUGUUGCACGCAUAAUCUCGGACCCACGAACGCUGAACCGUAUGGUCUUCGCCUAUAAUGAGGUGUUUACCCCGAACCAGAUGUAUGAGCUGCUGGAGAAGGUGAGCGGAGAAAAGGUCUCACGCAAAUAUGUCACGGCAGAGGAUAUCGCUGCCCAGGUACACGCCGUCGAAGUGACUCAUCCAGCUGCAGACUCGGUGGAAUUCAUUACACUGGCGCAGCUUCAAUACUGGUACUCCUGCGGUGUUCGAGGAGACAAUACACCUGAAAACGCUCAGUAUCUUGGUUAUUUGCUGGCUAAGGAUUUGUAUCCCGACAUCAAGGGAAAAACUCUAGAGAACUACGCAAAAGAGGUCCUCGAGGGCAAAGGGAAGCGCGUGUAUGAACAUAUAAUGGACUUGCCAUCUAUCAAGGCUGCAAAUUCAAGCUUGGCAUGA